AUGUGGUGGACAAUGGCUGUGUCGGGCGGUUUUCUGCUAAUUGCACCAGCUCUACUGAUAUUUCUGAUUAUCAAAAAACCCUUUUUACAACUACCAAUUUAUAAUAAGAAGAAAAGGAAAAAGUGGUCUAGAAAGAAACCUAUCGGAUAUGGAUUUAUUGUAACUUGUGUGCUUCUUCUGAUUGCAUUUGUGGCCAUUUCUGUUUUGCAGUAUUUUUCGAUUGUUGAAGGUGAAGAAAUGAGUUUGAAGGAAAUGGAUCAAAUUGUUAAAGGUUGGUUGGGAAAAGUGUGAAAUUGAAAUCAAUUCAAAUUAUUUGCAGAUUCGGACACGAAAAUUCAAGCUGCCAAAAAGAGUUUGUCUCAAUUGGACUUCACAAUAUACGAUUCUGUGAAGAACAAUUUGGUGAAAAGCAAAAAUAUUGAAGAUUAUUUCAUAAAUCAAGCGAGGGAGUUAAACCAGGUAAAAUUUUUCGAGCCGUUUUUUCUUUAUUUGAACAUCACAUAAAAAAAAUAAUUUUUCAGAAGUACAGCGCUUUGACAUCAUUGAUAAAAUAUGGAAAAAUAUCCACAAUGAUCGCCAACUAUGACGUGCAAUUGGAAAACUCUUCAAGAAUUACCGGGUGCGAGCCAGAAGAUCGUUUAAAGCUUGAAUUGAAAGGUGUGUGGAGUGAUGCAGAGAAAUACAUAUCUGCUGUCGAAACAAAACUGAAUGAAAACAAAGAAGAGCAGAUUAAAAUAGAUUUAGAAGAAAUCAAUAAUUCUGCAAAAAGUGCACUCGACAGAGAUAAAGCAAAAUUAACAUCUUUCGCCAACAAUAUCAUGGUAAGCUAUUCAUAAGUCAUCUACAUUAAAAUAUAGUUUUUCUCCAGUUGACGCUUGAAAAAUGGAAGAAAUCGGUGGAAUCAUUGAGGACUUCGUUGAAGAAGCGAGUAACAAAAGCAGAGGUAAAUAAUUUUGUGUUUGAUUAAAAGUAUAGUGUGAGCAAAAAAUAAGUUUUGCUCGUUUGAAAGAGCAUGUUAUUAUAAUUAGUAGAAUCCUCGAAGGAUUUUUUCGUGGAAGCUUCUCAACUAUUAGAUCCAAGAUACAGUACUUAUGGACUUGAAAGUUUUUUCGAACUUUUUAAUUUUUGAAUUAAUAUUUGAGAAGCUUCCAGAAAAAAUCCUUCGAGAAUUAUUCCAAUUAGAACAUGCUUUUUCAAAUGAGCAUUACUAAUUUUUUGCUCAGACUUCACCUUUACAAGGGAACCUUUUUUACUCAACACUUCAAAUCAUGAUGAAAUUUGGUCCAUGGACAGCUUUUGGGACCAUAAGAACACCCUAAAAAUUUUAGUCUCCCAAUGGAGCUCUGAGCCAAGUUCUGGGCUCUCAAAAGUUCAAAAAUUGCCAAAAUUGGCUCAUAAAACACGUCAUAACUCAAUUUUCGAUCAUUUUUAUGAAAAACUGACAAGGAAUGAUCGAUUUAGUGAUACAGUGAUUCGAGCUGUGACUAGGUGGACUUUUGUCCAUAUCCAAAAGUAGGAAAAACCUCAAAGGGAUUUUGCAAGGCAAGGCUUUGUUCCCUGAUUCCGGGACCCCCUAAUUUUUUGUUCAGAAAAAUUUGAAAAAUGGCCUUCAUUUUCAAAAAUUCAUAACUCAGCUUAAACAUCAUGAAAAUGGACAAACUUUGGGCCAUUUUAAAGCUUUAAUGUGGAACUUUUAAAGGUACUACUGUUCCUAUUUUUCAGAUUUUUUUCAACUUAUGUAAAAAAUGAGAAAAAAAGGAAAAAAAUCAAAAAUUUUUUUUUUGUUUUUUUGUCAUUAUACGGGACCGGGCGGAGUAUGAGACCUGAUUUAAACUUUUCAGCGUCAAAAACUAUGUCUAGUACCAUAUUCCAAUGUAUCUAUAGUCAGCCUUUUCGGAGAGUUAUAAUACGAUUUUUAAUUGAAACGCAUAGAUUUUUUGUUGUUUUGAAACAGUUAAAUUUUUUAUCGCAAUAUUUUACUCGAAUCACUGUAUCAUUAAAUCGAUCAUUCCUUGUGAGUAGCAGAUGAUGAUCAGCGUGGUCGAUUUACCCAAAAAGCAUCAAUAAAUCGAAUUUUCAGAAAAAUUUUUGAUUUUGAAAAAAAAAGAAUGAGCAGGGGCACAUAUGAAUUUUCAUGAAUUUUCAGCCGAAAAAUAAAAAACUUCAAAAUUUUUCGAAAAAAUAUUUUUUAUUGAUUUACUUUUAGGUAAUCGACUAUGCUGAUCAAUAUCUGAAACUUCAUUUCUCCCAAAAAAAAUUUUGAAAUGGAGCUAUGAUGACUUUUAUGACCAUUUUUAGGCCUUUUUUGUACUUUUGAGAGCCCAGAACUUGGCUCAGAGGUCCAUUGGGAGACUGAAAUUUUUAGGGUGUUCUUAUGGUCCCAAAAGCUGUCCAUGGACCAAAUUUCAUCAAGAUUUGAAGUGUUGAGUAAAAAAGGUUCCCUUGUUAAAGUUAAAUGGCAAAGUAGGUACUUCAUAACAUAAGCCAUUUUACACAGUGAAACACCGUGUAAAAUGGCAAAAAUGGCCGGGAAAAAUAUGAAGUUUCAAAAUAUAUUUGCAGAUUCCAUUGAUGUUGUUUUGGAUAGUGGUUGCGUUCGUCUACAGUCCGAAUUUAUUGGGUUCUUUCGUAGUCAUAUGUUUCUGUAUUAUCAUCUUCAUUCAGCUUCGACAGAAAUACAAAAUAUUCAACUGUUUCGUAGUUUCAAUUAUUGCCGCUGCUCUGGGAACUUUGAUUUGCUUGUAUUUAUUCGGUGGAGAAGUCUUUCUUUAUGUUGUUGAUUCACAAAAAGAAGGACAACAAUGCACUUCGGAUACAGUUAGCUAUGACAUGUUCAAAUACGAUGUUCCUCAAUUUGUUGACUCUGCUCCAAAAAUCAAUGUUGAGAACAUCAUGAACACCUGCAAAUCAUCACAAAACUCAUUAUUUUCGAAUAUUGUUUCGAUUGAUAACAUCGAGUUGCAAAGCUACAAGAAGAAAGUCAUCGAUAAAAUAUCAGAGUAUAAAAAGUUUUGGAAUCUAUCUUUGCAUCCUAUAUCAACUUUGGAAGAUAGAGUGAAAGACAAUUCGAAAUAUCUUGCUAAAAUCAAGGAUACCUGCAUGCCAGAUUUUAAAGAGUUCAAGGAAAAAAUGAGUAAUUUUGAAAAUGCUUUGACAAAUUUUUACAAUACGGCAAAAGUUUUUUCAAAUUCUAUCAACUCACCAAUAAAUCUUGAAGAGGUUCAAACGGUUGCUCGAAACGUGAACGACGGAGAGAGCAAAUUGAACAGCUUGAGAUCAAUCAUCAACGUGAGUUGCGAAGGCAAAACCAACUUUUUGUAUUUAUUUGAGUUAAUUUCAGAACCAUGCGAAAGCCCACGAUCACAAAUGUUUGCCAAUCAUUGAAAUAUCCAAAAAAGGCGGCGAAUCAUCAAUGUGUUCAACAGGCAAUUAUCAUGGAUUCUGCUGA